AUGGCACUGAACUUGACGCCGACGUGUCUCUACGCCUCUAUCGACACGAACUGCGCACUGGCGAUCAGCAGAUCGAUGACAGAAUAUCUGCUCGAGCUGCUGCUGAAGAUGAACUCCGAACUCAAUCCAGAUGAACCACUACCUGCGUUGUCAGAAGUCGAUCGAAUUCUUGCCACUGAUCACUCGGAUUCUUCCAACGCUCCUGUCAAGGAUGAGACUUCAUCAGCACUUGGACCACUACAAUAUUCUAAACAACCUGACUCACGGGCUUCGUUUUCACUAUUCCCUGGCCACACUACCGCCUCAACACCUGGUGUGAAGCGUUCAGCAAACCAUCUUGACACGAUGGCGGAGCCACCUUCAAAGAGACAGGCCACGGAAAUCGCGGUUUCAACUGCAAGUCAAGUCAACUCUCAGAUACCAGCUCAAGCUUCUACUCUAGGCACCUUGAUAUUCGGAAGCCUCAAACGACCUGCGGAAGCUGAUGGAAUUACUCCUCCGCCUCCGAAGAGACAAGAAACCUCGUCCAAGACUUCCACUUCCGUCUUCACACCAUCUCACAACCCUACUCAAGAAACAACCACGCCUCUUGUGCCUGAUCCUAUUGACUCUCCUCGGAUUGAGGACCCUAUCGCUACCAUGUUUGGUCGAUCUUCACCUGCGCUUACGGAUAUGCCACAUCUUAGCCGCGGCUUAAGUGUGAGGCGUGACUCUGGUUCCAGAUCCCUUUAUCCUCCUAGAUCCAACAGAAACUCCGACCGGACAUCAGGUACUGGUACUGCAGAAACUCCGACUUCGCAGACAAUUCCUGCAUCCAGACAGCCUGUCACGCCAGGACAACAAUUUGUCAAAACAAACUUGAGCAAGAUAUCAAGGAUCUUGAGGCACUUGCCGAGAAGGAAGGCUGGAAGAAGUGUUCAAAGUGUUUGA